CCCGCGCUCCCGGGCGAGUUCUGUCCGCGGGGUGGCAGCGGGAUGGAACCCGCGACCGCGCCCCGCUCCGACAUGGCGCCGGAGCUGACUCCCGAGGAGGAGCAGGCCACCAAGCAGUUUCUUGAAGAGAUUAACAAGUGGACAGUUCAGUACAAUGUUUCUCCACUCUCUUGGAACGUGGCUGUCAAGUUCCUCAUGGCCAGGAAGUUUGAUGUACUCCGUGCCAUCGAGUUAUUCCACUCCUACCGAGAAACACGAAGGAAGGAAGGCAUUGUGAAGCUGAAACCUCAUGAGGAACCACUCCGUUCUGAGAUCCUCAGUGGAAAGUUCACCAUCUUAAAUGUUCGGGAUCCAACAGGAGCCUCCAUUGCCCUCUUCACCGCUAGGUUGCAUCACCCCCACAAGUCGGUCCAACAUGUGGUACUUCAGGCUCUGUUUUACUUGCUAGACAGAGCUGUGGAUAGCUUUGAAACUCAGAGGAAUGGACUGGUAUUUAUCUAUGACAUGGCUGGUUCUAACUAUGCCAACUUUGAGCUGGAUCUUGGCAAGAAAGUCCUAAACCUGCUGAAGGGAGCUUUCCCAGCUCGUUUGAAGAAGGUGCUGAUCGUGGGAGCACCCAUAUGGUUCAGAGUGCCCUAUUCUAUCAUCAGCCUUCUACUCAAGGAUAAAGUCCGGGAGAGGAUUCAAAUAUUGAAGACAUCUGAGGUCACCCAGCACUUACCCAGGGAGUGCCUUCCUGAAAACCUGGGUGGGUACGUCAAAAUUGACCUCGCCAGUUGGAAUUUCCAGUUUCUACCCCAGGUGAACGGCCACCCAGACCCCUUCGAUGAGAUCAUCCUGUUCUCCCUCCCUCCUGCCUUAGACUGGGACUCAGUGCAUGUUCCAGGUCCCCACGCCAUGACAAUUCAAGAGUUGGUGGACUAUGUUAAUACCAGGCAAAAGCGGGGGAUAUAUGAGGAGUAUGAAGACAUCCGUCGUGAGAACCCUGUUGGCACUUUCCACUGUUCCAUGUCACCAGGAAACCUAGAGAAGAACCGCUAUGGGGAUGUACCAUGCCUGGACCAAACUAGAGUGAAGCUGACAAAACGAAGUGGCCACACUCAGACAGAUUACAUCAAUGCCAGUUUCAUGGAUGGCUACAAACAGAAGAAUGCUUACAUUGGUACACAAGGCCCCUUGGAGAACACCUACCGUGACUUCUGGCUGAUGGUCUGGGAGCAAAAAGUUCUGGUGAUUGUCAUGACUACCCGCUUUGAGGAGGGCGGCAGGAGAAAGUGCGGUCAGUAUUGGCCGCUAGAAAAAGACUCUCGGAUCCGAUUUGGCUUCCUCACAGUGACCAAUCUAGGUGUGGAGAACAUGAGCCAUUAUAAGAAAACCAUCCUAGAAAUUCACAACGCAGAGGAGCGGCAGAAGCGCCAGGUGACCCACUUCCAGUUCCUGAGCUGGCCAGAUUAUGGCGUCCCUUCCUCGGCAGCCUCCCUCAUUGACUUCUUGAGAGUGGUCAGGAACCAACAGAGGCUGGCCAUCAGCAGCAUGGGGGCCCGCUCCAAAGGGCUAUCCCCUGAGCCACCCAUUGUGGUCCACUGCAGUGCGGGCAUUGGCAGGACAGGUACCUUCUGCUCCCUGGACAUCUGCCUGGCACAGCUGGAAGAGCUUGGCACCCUUAAUGUGUUCCAGACGGUGUCCCGCAUGAGGACCCAGAGGGCCUUCAGCAUCCAGACCCCUGAGCAGUACUAUUUUUGCUACAAGGCCAUCCUGGAGUUUGCAGAGAGGGAGGGCAUGGUGCCCUCCAGCCACAGCCUGCUAGCCAUGGAGGGUUAG